CUUUUUUCUUCUUUGUUUUUUCCACCGGUAGUAACGUCACACAGGUCACAUGACUCGUGAGAUGCAAAAAAGUGUUUAUAUUGGAGAUUUGUGAAAUACACACCCAUUUCAAUUCUGCUGAAAAGCCACCUCAUCCGUAAAAACCUUCUCUCGAAAAAUUUAAGUUUUUUUCAAAGUUAACAUGUCUCCAUUUAGCAAAUUUAUUUUCCAGUUCCAAUUCCCAUAAUUGCACUGUCAAUGGAAACACAGCUAUUGUCGGCUAUUAUGUGCUAAUGAAACAUAAAAUAAUGGUUGAACUGUAUUUCUCCAGUAAAGGGAACAAGCAGGCAGAGUCUUGAUUCAUCAUCUGCUCACUGCAACCAGUGGCUCCAACAAGUUUGUUGUUAUUACAGGACCGAGAUGAAUGUCUUGAAAUAUCAGACUUGUGCAGAGAUAAACAGAAGUGCAUUAACACUCCAGGCGGGUUCAAGUGUCAGGGCAUGACGGUACGUGACGCCAACUCUGGAAUGUGUGGCCAUGGCUACUUCUACAACUCUGAGAUGGAUGAAUGUCAGGCCUGCAGCGAGUGCGAUGGGGAACCGGUUGUUUCCCCUUGCACCUUAGUCACAGACGCUGUCUGCUCCGGCUCCGUUACCGAUGUUCCCGCUUUGUCGCUCUCCUGGCCUGGAGACAUAAGUCUGAAGGGUCCAAAAGGCCAGAUCCUGGGUCAGGCCUUCCCCAGCGCGCAGCUUCACAUACAGGGAAGAGACGACAUGGGUCUGGUUUCAGCUGAGGAUGGGCAGCUGGUCCUAAAGCAGCACGGUUUGGUCUGGCUCGACGGAGUUCUGUCGCUUGGUCACGGCUGCCGUAGCUUCAUCCAGGUCUGCCUACGUGUAAACCACACAGACGGGUCCGACGGCCGUGACCUGAGCGGCAUACGGGUGGAGCACCAGGAACGAAGGUCUCUUCAAGGCGUCAGCAUCAGUGGGGUCGCGGAAGUCGCCCCGGGUCACCUUAUGUCCCUGUUUCUUCGGAGCGCCAGCCAUCACUGCAACCAAAGCAGCGAAGGUCUGCAGCUUUACGACACCUCUGCAGCCAUGCUCUCCCUCCUCUGGCUCUCUCACGACACCGGGGCUGUUGCCAUGACAGCACAGGCCGUGGUUUCUGCACAUUACCACACAAAUUACCGCCCGGCCUUCCGCAUCUCCUCCACCUCUGACCCCUACGUAGUGGGGCUGAGUCACGACAGUCGAGGGAUCCGUUUCGCAGAGAACGGAUCUGUGCGUUUUGUGUUCCAGCAAGCAUUGUACUCUAUGGGCCAAGCUUGUGUGAGUGACGGCUUUCAGCUCGUGGCAUAUCUCAACAAAAAUGGAACCUCCACUGAGAUGUUUCGGGUCUUCAAACCAGGGGUUCACUACCGAGACACAUCUAUAUCUCUGUCUGGAGCCGCCACAGUCAGUCCCGGGGAUGCCAUUGGCUUUGAGAUCCUCUCUCCAGCUCAGUGCAAUGUACGCUUCUUUGGCGAUGAGUCUGGCAUCAGUCUUCUCAGUCUAUUUUGGGUCCCUGCUGCCAUCUCAUCCUCUAUGACUGCUUCUGUGGCCAACACUGGCCUUCCAUCUGGAGCAGUACGGAACAAGCCUCUGUUCUUCCACCAGACCAGCCCCCAGGUGCCGCAAAUGGGGCUGUUGGGGAAAGGAUCUCCGAAUCAGAAAAAGGACUUUGUCUUCAGGGAGAGUGGCACAGUCAGUGUGGCGUUGGACUUCAAACUCAUUCACUCCUGCAACUUGGUCAAAGUGACUCUGCUGAGGCGGAGUGACUCUGAAGGGGGCCGUGAAGCAGAGGGUCUGCGGCCUGUACCCAUAGCCCAGCAGGUGGCGGGUCAGAUGCUUGAGGGGUGCCAGUGGGCCAGCUUGAGUCUACGAGCAUCCUUUCAGGUUUAUAAUGGCACCGCUGUCUUCUUCAUCCUAGACUGUGUACGUGGACGAGUCAAUCAAAUCAGUCACCAGGCAGGAAGUGGGGUGUCAGCGGUUUGGGUGGCAGCAUGAUAACAAACAGCCAGAAAGGGCAAAACCUUCCCAUAUUGAUUCUUCCUAUUUGAGUUUAACAAUAAGGCCACAGACAUUCAUAAUCUUACUCAGACGCAUUGUCAUUUAAGGUAAUAAAUGCUAACCCGAAAGUUUCACUUAACAUUUGCAUCAAUACCUCUAAGUUAAAUGACAAAGUUGCUGCACCACAAAAACAGAAAAUAUUAUCAAGUAUUUUAUGUCUCUCAUCCAAAUAUAUUAGUAAAUUUGGAAUAAGACAUAACCAACUUACAAGUAACUUUUCAGCAAGAUCCAGGAACUUGUUUCAUGUCUGUCGUUUCUUAAUAUUGACUUUAAUAAAUACUGGCAGAUUACUUCGCAUAAGACAUUUUCCCCAUGUUAUAUGUGAGAUAAUCUACCUUUUCCUUAAUAUUAAAGAAUAAUUGGCUCAAAACGAGCUCCUAUAUCUUGCUGAAAAUUUACUUUUAAAUUAGUUUUUGUCUUAUUUCAAAUGUACUAAGAUAUUUGCACUAGAAACUAGACAAACGAAACGUGGCAAAAAUGUUGUGUUUUUGCAGUGUACUCAUUUGGCUCAGUUAGAUGUUUCAUUUGUCACUUUUCUGGUGUGAAUCCCCUCUUUUACUCUGGGAGGUUUUGUACUAGCAAUGCCUCAAUCCACAUCCAAUGGGGAUGUUUCAUUAUUUUCCUAUAUUGUAAUCAUAAUCUAGUACUCUAAGAACAAAAAAUUAUAUGACUCAAAUAAAUACAUCUGUUAGCAGGAGGUGAAUCUAGUGGAAUUGGCUUCAUUUUUAACUCCUAUCAUGGCUAUUUAUUGCAUAAAGCUUCCAGCCAUCCAUUCAUCAAUUAGCUAUUACCAAGCAGAACCUGGAGCGAAUCUAAGGAUGCAAAGGGAGAACAGGUAAGCUUCAUAGAAAGAGACUCCAAGCUAGAAUUCAAACCCAGGAUGUCGCUGUCGAUCACAAGCAUGAUUGACAGCACUAAGAUGCUCCUCCUGGCUCUGAUUGGUUGUUUUUGACCGGAGCAGUGCGUUUCUUCAGACGGCAAUAGCAGAACCGGCAUGAGAUGGAGGAACUUGAGCUUUUCACAGCUCAUCUGUCUAAGUCGCAUCAAAAUGAUCAUUUUAACACAUAUGUGUAAAAACCCCCCAAAUAUUUUCACCUUCCUAAAAAUAAUGGACAGUCUUUUUUUUUUUUUUUUUGCCAAAACUGAUUUUUUUUUUUUCUUUUUUUGCUUAAAUCACUUAUUGGCAAAAAAUGACGUUGGCUAUUAUUUUAGGAAGGUGAAAAUACUUUUAUGAGUUACAUAAACCAGCUUCAAAGUAAACUUCCUACCACUCCAACUAUUCAUAUUCAUUUAAUUUUACAUGCAGUUUUAAAGCUGGUUGAUCAGCUAUAAAACUGAGUGGCCUACAGUCUCACAAUUAUUAAUCCAACAACGUCAAGGCCUUUAAACUGGAUGUUGCUCACGCUGAAGUAUGCGGUGGAACAUAAAUCUUUGAAACUAGAGCGUCUGUACUUCGUCAGCAGUAAGCACCAUACUGUUCACCCCCCCCCCCCCAGCACAAGGUCAGAGUUCAUCGCCCCGCUGAAGUUCAAAAGACACAGCAAAAGCCCGCUGUUUCCUCCAUACCGUUUCACUCUGCCGCUGUGUAGCAGACGCUCCCAGAGUUUUUGUCAUCUGGAAAAUAUCUUGUAAAUAUCGCCUACUGAUGGCAAAACAAAGAAAUUACAUUUCUCUUAAUUUUUUUUUCUUCCAUAAGCUGCUUGACGAUGUAGUCAGCUACAAUUUACUUUUUUAAAUCUGUUUAGAUGAACUACAGGAUAUUUAAUGAAACAGAAUUGAUCUUUUAUAUAAUGGAAAACCAGUGGUUUAUUUGUACAUAGUUAUUGUUCACUUAUUCCCAUAAGACAGUCUUUCAAGCUUCAGCUUUCUGUUCUAAAUUGUCUUCAGCUUGCAUGUUUUUAGUUGCUGUUGUUUCUUUUUGUAUAUUUAAGUAAUUCAGACAGCCUACUCUUGUUAUGCCAAAGGGCCUCCAGAUAACUCCAGUUGUUUAACACUGGUUUCUAUUCAUUUUAAGGGCAUGUGUUUUACAUUAGAUGCCAGUCUUGUUGCUGUGAGUGUACUGUACCAAUAAUGCAGAGUUUGGCUUAAAUAUGAAGAGAAAGAAAGACUGAGGCCAUGUAAAAACAAACAGCCUAUUUAAAACGGACAGUGACGUGUAUAUUUGAUGUUUUGCUGUUAACGCAAUAAAAAUAUUUGUCAUCAGA